GCGUCAUUGAAGCGCAGAGGACAGCUGACUGGAUUUCAGAGCUUCCUGCUGACAGCAUCACGUUGUAGUUGGUAGCGGAGAGAUACUGAUGGCCUUUUGAUUUUAAUCCACAGAAAUUAAUGCUCUAUUUGGCUUGUGUGUUUUAACGGUAGUUAUUCAUUCUUGUCCAGGUAUCCUACAGGUGAAUCAGGAUGGAUAUCCGCGGGGCGGUGGACGCUGCAGUGCCCACCAACAUCAUUGCUGCCAAGGCAGCUGAAGUCCGAGCCAACAAGGUCAACUGGCAGUCAUACCUGCAGGGUCAGAUGAUUUCUGCCGAGGACUGUGAGUUCAUUAAGAAGUUUGAAGUGGCUCAUUCUGAGGAGAAACAGAUCAUCCUCACCAACGAAGGACAUCAGUGUGCCAAGACAUUCCUGAACCUGAUGGCUCACAUCUCUAAGGAGCAGACUGUCCAGUACAUCCUCACUCUGAUAGAUGAUACCCUGCAGGAGAAUCACCAGAGGGUGAACAUCUUCUUCGACUACUCCAAAAAGACCAAGAACACUGCCUGGUCCUACUUUCUGCCCAUGCUCAAUCGCCAGGACCUGUUCACCGUCCACAUGGCGGCCAGGAUCAUCGCUAAGCUAGCAGCCUGGGGUCGUGACCUGAUGGAGGGAAGUGACCUCAACUACUACUUCAACUGGAUCAAGACCCAGCUCAGCUCCCAGAAGCUUCAUGGUACAGGUCCAGAUUCCUCAGGACAAGGCACUAUAUCCCCCAGUGAAAGCUCUCAGUAUGUGCAGUGUGUAGCAGGCUGUCUCCAGCUGAUGUUGAGGGUGAAUGAGUACAGGUUUGCCUGGGUGGAGGCUGACGGGGUCAACUGCAUCACGGCUGUGCUCAGUAACAAGUGUGGUUUCCAGCUGCAGUACCAGAUGGGGUUUUGUGUGUGGCUGCUGGCCUUCAACUCUCAGCUCUGUGAGCAGCUACGCCGUUACAACGUGGUGCCGGCCCUGUCUGACAUCCUGCAGGAGUCUGUCAAGGAGAAGGUCACGCGCAUCAUCCUGGCUGCCUUCAGGAACCUGUUGGAGAAGUCAGCGGAUAGGGAGACCCGUCAGGAGUAUGCUCUGGCCAUGAUACAGUGUAAGGUUCUGAAGCAGCUGGAGAAUCUGGACCAGCAGAAGUAUGACGAUGAGGACAUUACGGAAGACAUCAAGUUCCUGCUGGAGAGUCUGGGAGAGAGCGUUCAGGACCUCAGUUCGUUUGAUGAGUACAGCUCAGAGCUGAAGUCUGGUCGCCUGGAGUGGAGCCCGGUCCACAAAUCAGAGAAGUUCUGGCGUGAGAACGCAGUCCGCCUCAACGAGAAAAACUACGAACUCCUCAAGAUCCUUACUCGGCUGUUGGAGGUAUCUGAUGACCCUCAGGUUAUUGCUGUAGCUGCUCAUGAUGUUGGAGAAUAUGUCAGACACUACCUGGUGUCAGGUUUCCUGCAUAUAUCAAAAAACGGUCCAUCAUCCGAAGGACAUCCAGCCAACUUGACAACUGUGGGAAUGUUUUGUCCACUCGGUGUUUAUAUAACCAGUGUUUAUCUCUGUGUCAGGGUGAUAGAGCAGCUUGGAGGUAAACAGCUGGUGAUGAACCACAUGCACCAUGACGAUCAGCUGGUCCGCUACAACGCCCUGCUGGCCGUGCAGAAACUCAUGGUCCACAACUGGGAGUAUCUGGGGAAGCAGCUCCAGUCGUCUGACCAGCAGCAGCAACCGGCUGUGGCCACCAGGAGCUGAUCUCCUAACUCCUGACCCCUGCAUGGAACCCACUCUGUCUGGGCUUGCAUGCAUGUACUGGGGUAUACAUGCAUACCAGUGUAUGUGUGGCUGAGUGUAUCUAUGUACAUCAUCCAAUGAAAUUACCUGGAUCAACUGUCCAGUUUAUGUCAGGAGUUGAUGUGUAAAAGGUGUCUUUUCCUACCUGUCAAUUCUCCUCCACUCUGGCUGUAUGUUGUUUUCCUGGUCAUGCUACAGUAUAUUAUGUCAUGUGUCCUCACACCUAUGUGAUUUAAAGGUGAUUUAAAUAGCACUUUGUGUUGUGAUCAAUUUGAAAUGGCUGAAGUUAUUUGUGUCGUGUUGUAAAACGUUGUGAGUAUGCAUUCCAAUAAAACUCAUCUAGAGGGUC